UUCACCCUCCUCCAUCCCUGUGUGCUGACGUCUCGUCCCAUCAUCGCGGGCCAGCAUCCCGGUGCCUCCAUCCCCAUCCAACCAACGUCGCCUCCCUCGAUGGGUGUGAGACCUCUGUCGGCGGUGCCAUGUGGCCUAUCUGCUGCUGAGAGACUGUUGUGACCUCCCUACAGCAUCAUGAAGCUCCUCAAUCCUCUGCGUCGCUGCUCCCCGGCGCUGCAUCGCCUGCGCGCGUCUCCAGCCGAUGUCUUCGACCACGCGUGGGAAUUUACUCGUCGCUACUUCUUCGCCGUCUCCUUCAUGGCACUCUUCGGCGCCAAACUGCUCCAUCUCUACGCCCACAUCCACUCUCUCCCGGCCUCCAAGUUCUUCACCUGGGGGAUCACCUUUUUCUUUCAGGAUGUGGUCCUUACCCUCCUCAUCCGAUACUUCACCCAGAAGUUCCACUGGCGCUCCGUGGCGGCCGUGUCGGCUCUGGUCAUUGUUCCGUUCAGUCUGAUCAUGUCCGGAAUGACCGCCUCGAACGUCUCCUUCUACGUCGUAACCGGUGCCGAGAUCCACUGGCGGCAAGCCGCAACCUUCCAUCGCGAUGCGGCAGCCAUGCGCACCCUACUCACCGGAUUGACCGGCUUCCUGAUCGUCGAAGGAAUCCUCCUCACCGUGGCAUGGUUCGUGGCCAAUCCUCUACACCGAAUCGUCGGCGGCAUCCUUACAAUCCUGGCGCAACCCUUCAAAUGCCUUUGGAACUGUGUCCAGGUAUUCCGUCCGAGGUCCCAGCCUUUACCGGAUCCCGAGAUCUACGAGCAGAUCGCGGUGGAUGAUUAUCUCGACGACAAGAGUGAUGACGACUCAUCCAUCCAUUUUAUGGAACCAUAUGCAGAGGUGACGCCUGUUAGAAGGGGACAUUCGCUGCUGAUCAAGAUGGGAGUCUGGUUUCCGUUUCUGGUCCUGUUUCUACUCCGCUUCGUCCGACCCUGGGAUCCCGCAUACAUGUUCCUGUCUGAAGCUCUUCCCCUGGCACCUUUCAUCGGUCACCACAGACACUCACCUGUCCGCGCGGGAGGGUUACCCGGUGACUACGCAUGGCUGGAAGGUCAACAGACGCUGAACAAAGUACCAAACUGGGAAUGGCUACCCGAAAAUGGACUUCCCGGCUUUGAAGACUGGAAUAGGACGGUGAAGCACCGGGCCCAUUACGAUCCCGAAAUGGAUCCCCUUCACGUGUCGAACCUGCAGAAUCCAGUCCUGGAAUCAUUACAGCAGGCUCUCUCUCGCGGAAAGGUCAACAUCAAACAUGUCAUCUUGAUCAAACUUGAAAGCACCCGCAGUGAUGUUUUCCCCCUCACCAAGGACUCGUUCAUGUGGAAACGCAUUGCCCAAACGUGGCCCGACAACAAGAUUCCCGACGCGGCUCAGCAGCUUCUUGCGAACCUCACCCGAACCUCCGAGUUCCUGACCGGUUUCGACGCGGGAUUCGGUCACGACACAGUGCAUGACUACGGAAGACGGUCAUACGGGGGCAUCAGUGCACGCAAUGCCUUUACGACCGGAACCUACACGCUGAAAAGCCUAGUGGGCACGGUCUGUGGUGUGACGCCGUUGGUCGUCGACUUCAACCGCGAAUACGAUCACCACAUCUACCAACCAUGCAUGCCACACAUCCUGGAUGCAUUCAACCACCAACCCGAUGUGGCUGCCAACGACGCCGAAGCUGAUCCGUCCAACUUCCGCACCUGGCCCUGGAACGCCUCAUGGAUGCAGUCCGUCACCACCACCUACGACAACCAGGACCUGCUCACCCCGAAGAUGGGAUUUUAUAACCAGGUGGUCACGAAGGAGUCCCUCCAGAACCCCAAUGCAACGCACUCCCCAACGUAUUCCGAGGAAGUCAAUUACUACGGCUACCCGGACAAGGUGCUGCGGGACUACGUGAGUGACGCUCUCGACGACGCGGAACGCAACCAUAACCGCCUCUUCCUGACGCACCUGACCGGCACGACGCACCAUCCCUGGGGCAUGCCCAAUAGCACAUAUGAGCAGAUGGUAUCUAAUCAGCGGACCAAUUCCAAUGAGGACGUGAAUAAAUACCUCAACACGGUCGGGUAUAUCGAUGAGUGGCUGGCGGAUCUUAUCGCGCUUCUGACGGAGAAGGGCGUGGUUGAUGAGACAUUGCUCGUCAUGGCGGGCGACCACGGCCUCUCCCUCCCCAACGACGGCGGCGUCACACCAUACGACAACCCGCACAUCGGCAGCUUCCACAUCCCCAUGCUCUUCGCACAUCCCCACCUCCCCCAAAUCGAAAUUACCACUCCGGUCAUCACCCAGCAAGUGGUACCCACUCUCCUCGACCUCCUCAUCCAAUCCUCCUCUCUAGGACCCAACAGCACCCGCGUGGCGCAGGACCUCCUCCCCAUCUACGAAGGCCAGUCAAUGAUCCGCGAGCUGGUCCAAGAACAAGACGGCCGACAAGACUGGCAGUUCACCGUGAUGAACACGGGCGGCUCGUGGCUCGCAGUCCGGUCCGCGGCAAAACCAGCCUACAGACUCGUCAUUCCGCUAGUAGAUGACGUCGAAUGGCGCUUCACCGACGUCGAAAAGGACCCCCAGGAACACAACCCGGUCAAGGAAUUCCGCCUCAUCGACCUCGCUCGAACCCUCGACAAGCAGUACGGCUCGGAGGUGGUCGACUGGGUCCGCGACGCGGCGCACGUAGCCGAAUGGUGGGUGACCGAGAACUGGCACCUGUAUCGGUAUCGCCGGAAGAAUAAACCGUGAUUUGGUCGCAUCUCAGGAUCCGAUCUCCACCAUUUAUCUAUCUAUCUAUCUAUUUAUAAUUCGAUAGAUAAGAUUGGAUAUGUCCUACAUGUAGUCCACCAGGAGGCAAUAUUGACCGUACCUGGUAGAGAUAUAUUACGUUGGACAGGAUAAUUCUUGUACAUACUUCGAUGGAUUUUACACGAUGACAUGAGAAGCAUCAGAUUGUUUUGGAGCUUGUGCUUCUGGCAAUAUUAGCAGAAAAUCAAAUUAUGUACUGUUUCGAUAGCAGGGCUCACUCACAGUAAUGAU